UUUUAUUUCUCUGAAAUCUGUUACAGUGCAUCUAAAUGAAGUUUAUAGAGUUUUACUGGCUUUUCCUCUUAUUUAUUGUCAAUAUCGCAGGUAACUUGGCAUUACCUGAUCAAUACAAGGAUCUUUUCAUGGUCCAGUUGGAUAAGGAGCCAAGAAGCUUUGAUGAUAUUCUAAACCCACAAGGUAUAAGACAUCAAGAUGUAAAACAUGUAAUACUACGAAUUGGUCGAAAUUCCCAUGCCUGGAACGAUCUUGGAUUUGGUAUUAGCAACGAUGUAAGAAAUACAGAAGACUUUGCAAUAAUACCCAGACAGCGGAACUAUAAAACAAGAGAAGAAAAUGAUAUUGUUAGAUCAAAUUAAACAUAAAUAAUGUAUCAGAGAACACAAAAUCAGCAUGAAAAAAGUGUAGUUUCUAAAUUAUUUCUACUAAAUAAAUGUUGACGUAC